AUGCAACUCCGCAAAGCCGCCCGUAUCAUCUUGGUUGGCGCUCCUGGUGUGGGCAAGGGUACUCAGUCUGAGCGCAUGCUCCAGCGAUUCCCCCAACUGUCCUCCAUCAGCUCUGGAGACCUCUUGAGAGACAACGUUCGCAGACGAACUCCGCUCGGCAUCCAGGCCGAAUCCCUCAUGAAGGCAGGCUCGCUUGUACCUGACUCGACCAUUUUGCGCCUCAUCACGAACGAGUUGACCACAAAAGGGUGGCUCACUCCGUCUACCGCACAGAAGCCUCUGGUCAUGAACUCCGUGGCUUCUUCCCUCAACCCCAUGAACGCCUUCACAUCUUCUCCUCAAGACGAUUAUAUCACUCCCACAGCCUCACACCAGGGUCCAUAUGACUUCAGUGAUCAGCCAAACGCCUCUUUCAUCCUCGACGGCUUCCCUCGCACCGUCGAGCAGGCCAUUCAACUCGACAAACUCGUUCCCAUCAACCUUGUUGUCCAGUUGAACACCCCUACUUCGGUCAUCCUCGAUCGCAUCUGCAACCGAUGGAUCCACGCCGCGUCCGGUCGAGUAUACAACACUACCUUCAACGCACCCAAGGUUGAAGGCAAAGAUGACGUGACCGGCGAGCCCCUGGUCCAAAGAGACGACGACUGCCCAAAGACCUGGACGGCCCGUCUGAAGAAGUUUGAAGAGACCAGCACGCCUCUGCUCGAGCACUAUGAUAAGCUUGGUGUUCUCUGGAGUGUCGAUGGCAACAGCAGUGAUGAAAUUACUCCUAAACUCUUCGACGAGUUUAACAAGAGAUUCGGACUGGCAUGA